CUCAAAGUCAUUUACGUCACAGUCAGGAAGCAGGGAUAUCUCCGUGCGAGAGUAAUCCUUCUUCGGCAGUGUUGCUUUGAUUAAACGGUGCAUUUCAGGAGUUUAUUCCCAGCUCUAACCUGUUCUUAUAACUGAAAGGCAGGUGUUGGUGACAGCAUGGCUCCACUCCUGUUGAACCACCUCGUCAGCUCCCUAACCCGCCAUCUGACCCGGAUCACCCUCAGCCGAACCUACCCUAUCACCACCACCACCAUCAUCUCCCGAUGCCUUUCCUCCCUUACAUCCUACCCAGUCAGAGUGCUCCUGAUGCCAGGUAGACCCAUCCAGCCCUUGGCCUUCUCCCCUGGAUCUUCUUCCCAGGGCCGGGUCGCCCUCCAGGGCCAGUGUCAGCACCUGGGCUGCCUCCAGCCCGCUGUAGGGAUGAAAACCAAGAGUGCUCUGAAACGCCGCUGUAAAGACUGCUUCUUUGUGGUGCGGCGGGGACGUCUGUUUGUGUUCUGUAAGGCUCAUCCCAGACACAAGCAAAGGCAGGGAUGAGGUGGUGAUGAUUUGUGUAUGGUCCUGUGAAUUGUUUGUUACUUGAAUUGUAUUGCCACAUUAAAGUGUUUGGAUGCACCUUU